UCCAAGCUUCCCAAACUUUCUCUUCUCUCCGAACGAUGCGCGGGGGAGACGUCGGUCAUUCUCGGUUCCCUCUUCCAGAGACGAGGUCCGGCUCGGCGCCGGUGAAGCUGAGAUCCGACUGGCGGGAGCGGUCCAGGCCCAUCCCUCCGGGAGGCACUUAUCCCGCCAAAGACCAUUGCAGCCGGUGCGGGUUGUGCGACACGUACUACAUAGCGCACGUGAAGAGCGCCUGCGCCUUCCUCGGAGAUGGCAUGUCUAAGAUCGAGGAACUCGAGCCUCGUGUCCAUGGUAGGGGGAGGAAGACAGAUUCCUUGGACGAGACAUAUCUUGGGGUCUACGAUGAUCUGUUGUAUGCUCGAAAAACUCAGCCAGUGGAAGGAGCGCAGUGGACCGGGGUUGUGACAACAAUAGCCAUGGAAAUGCUUAAAUCAGGCAGGGUGGAGGCUGUCAUUUGUGUGCAGAGUGAUCCAGAUGACAGGCUUUCUCCAAGGCCUAUUUUAGCAAGGACGCCUGAAGAAGUUCUAGCUGCCAAAGGUGUUAAGCCAACGUUGUCUCCUAAUCUGAAUACUCUUGCUCUUGUCGAGGCCGCUGGUGUGAAGCGUCUCCUUUUUUGUGGUGUGGGUUGUCAAGUGCAAGCCUUAAGAUCUGUGGAGCACCACCUAAACUUGGACAAACUGUAUGUACUGGGCACAAAUUGUGUGGAUAAUGGAACUCGAGAAGGUCUAGAUAAGUUUUUGAAGGCUGCAAGCAGUGAACCCGAAACAGUGCUUCAUUACGAGUUUAUGCAAGAUUACAAGGUCCAUUUGAAGCAUCUGGAUGGUCAUAUUGAAGAGGUUCCUUAUUUUUGCCUACCAGCAAACGACUUGGUUGAUGUUAUUGCUCCUUCUUGCUAUAGCUGCUUUGACUAUACAAAUGCUUUAGCGGACCUUGUGGUUGGUUACAUGGGUGUGCCCAAAUACUCUGGAAUCAGCAUGACGCAGCAUCCGCAGUAUAUCACAGUGAGAAAUGAACGUGGAAGGGAAAUGCUCGGAUUGGUAGAAGAUCUUUUAGAGAUUACACCUACAACUAGCAGUGGAGUUCGACAACCAUUUGUCAUGGAGACUGUCAAGGCAGAUGACCAAGCAAAGCUGGGGAAAGGGCCUGCUCAACCUGCCCCAAAGUUUGUUGGGAACUUGCUAGCAUUCAUUCUAAAUUUGAUUGGCCCGAAAGGUUUAGAAUUCGCUCGAUAUUCACUUGAUUACCAUACGAUUCGCAACUACUUAUAUGUGAAUCGCGCCUGGGGAAAGCAAAGAGCCAGUGCGCAUAUGCCCUCCUAUGCGAAAAAGAUUGUGGACAUGUACAACCGGAAAGGGGAAAUCGAUGAGAUGCUUAGUCAGAAGUAAUCCUCAUGAGUAACAGUUAUGGAGGCAGAUUUGCAAUUCAUGGCCGUCAAAUUUUCUGCAUCAAAUACAUUCUACAUUUCAGAGCAAGUCUAUUAAUGGCGGCGGUUUGGGAGAAAGUACAUGUCCUGCACUUUCGAGGAGAUGGUUCACUAGAUUCCUGUUAUCUAAGUACAGAAGGCUUGAGCAUUGAAAAGCAAGGUGGUUUGAUUUAUGAGAAAACGAAAAGUUCUCUCCAAUUUACCAUUGCAUUAA